UUGCGUGUGAAAUUCGCAUAUAAAACCGUUGCUUGAUUGUCGCAGCAACUUCAGUUGAUCGCUGCCAGUGUUGUCGAACGGUUGUCGUUUACCGCUAAUACUUUAGUUUUUACAGCCGAAAAAAAACAACGAAAUAAAUUUAUAAUAUUUUUGGCGCAUUUGAAGCCAGCCAGCAGCAGCAGCAACAGCAACAACGUUCGACCGCAAUUUUUAAGCGUGCAAACAUGCAGACCGUAAUUAAAAAUCCGAAUUGGUGGCGUAGACGCACCACACUGGAGCGAUGCCUUGUCUUGAUCAGUAUUAUUGCGUUGAUCGCAGUAAUCGGUCUAGUGAUUGGACUUGUUUCUGUUAUACUUUCAAAUCGUUUGGCGGAAGAGCUCAAAGCAACAACCAACCCGCCAGAGGCUCUUCAAGGCUCCAGUCGUACCACAGACAAUGAAGUGUUUAUGCCACCAAAGAUACCACCAAAGGAUGAUGUUUGCCUCUCGGCUGAAUGCAUACACACCUCCUCGGCGGUGUUGAGUAAAAUGAAGCCGGAGAUUGAGCCAUGCGAUGAUUUCUAUCAAUUUGUCUGCGGCACGUACAUUGAUGAGCAUUUGAUACCCGACGACAAGGAUUCGCUGAAUACGUUCUCUUUGAUCUCGGAUAAGUUACAUGAACAGCUCAAAGAGAUUAUCACGGAAGAGCGCCCAGCUACGGAGCCCAACCACUUCCAGCUGCCAAAUAAACUGUACAAGGCGUGCAUGAACAAAACUCUCAUUGAGGAACUCGAUGCCAAACCUAUUGCCGAUAUUGCUAAAAAACUCGGUGGUUGGCCUGUGAUUGAGGGCGAGUCAUGGGAUGCCGACAACAGCUGGUCUUGGCAAGAGACUGUAAAGAAAUUCCGUAAAAUGGGCUUCAGCAUGGACUAUAUCAUCGACUUUUCGAUUAGUGUGGAUCUGAAGAACAGCACAACACGCAUUAUUGAUUUUGAUCAAUCGGCUAUUGGCCUAAGUCGUGAAUAUCUUGUGAAAGGUUUCAAUGAGACGCUAGUGAGCUCGUACUACAACUAUAUGGUGGAUAUGGCGGUAUUAUUUGGUGCUGAUAAGAACAAGGCGCAGAGUGAAUUGCGUGAAUCGCUGGAAUUCGAAAUAGCAUUGGCCAAUAUCUCAUGGCCAGCUGAGAAACGUCGCAAUACCAACGAUCUCUAUAAUAUACGCACAUUGAAGCAAUUACAAGAAGCCUAUCCCUAUGUGCAAUGGGUGGACUACGCAAACGCUUUGCUGCCGGCUAAACUGAAAGUGGAUGAAGAUGAGCCGGUUAACCUAUCAGUGCCCAGCUUCUUUGAACAGUUGGGACCUUUGUUGGAGCGUACACCGAAUCGUGUGAUUGCCAACUACAUGAUGUGGCGCAUACACGCCUUCUCCGUCGUCUUUCUCUCGGAACAAUUCCGCAAACGACAACUACAAUAUGCGACUGCUUUGUCGGGGCGUCAGGAACAGGAGGCGCGUUGGAAGGAAUGUGUAGAUAUCACAAGUGGCAGCUUUUAUGAAGAUAUCGAAGAUGAAGUAGAUGGCGGCGUGCGAGAUAUCGAAUUUGAAGUUGACGGCUUGGCCAUUGCCGUCGGUUCGUUGUAUGUGCGUAAGCAUUUUAAGCAAGACUCCAAAGCUAUUGCAUUGGAUAUGGUAGAACAAAUUCGUGGCGUCUUCGACAAUAUACUUAGCGAGGUCGACUGGAUGGAUGAGGCUACCAAGGUGGAGGCUAAGAAUAAAUUACAUUCGAUGACCACACACAUUGGCUAUCCGGAUGAGAUGUUGGAAAAUUCGAAAUUGGAAGAAUAUUAUCGUAAUUUGGAAAUUGAUCCGAGCAAAUACUUUGAGUCAUUCCUGAAUAUGAAUAUCUUCGGCACGGAUUACUCAUUCAAUAAACUGCGUUUGCCGGUGAACAAAACCGACUGGGUACGUCAUGCUCGUCCGGCGGUUGUGAAUGCCUUCUAUUCGUCGAUUGAAAAUAGUAUACAAUUCCCUGCCGGUAUUCUACAAGGUCACUUCUUCCAUGCUGCCCGUCCGAAGUACAUGAACUAUGGUGCCAUCGGUUUCGUCAUUGGUCACGAGAUUACACAUGGUUUCGACGACCAGGGACGCCGUUUUGAUUUGCAAGGCAACUUGCUGGAUUGGUGGGCGGAAGAUACCCAAAAGGCUUACCUGGAUAAGGCGAAAUGUAUUAUUGAGCAAUAUGGCAACUUCACUGAUGAACAAACUGGUUUAAAUCUCAAUGGCAUUAAUACGCAAGGCGAAAAUAUUGCUGACAACGGUGGCGUUAAGGAAUCAUACAGAGCCUACCGUCAGUGGGUUGAGAAGAAUGGCCCUGAGCCGAAAUUGCCCGGCUUAGAUUAUACGCCGGAACAAAUGUUUUGGAUAUCUGCCGGCCAAACAUGGUGUGCCAAAUACCGUACAGAAACACUCAAGAUGCGCAUCACGACCGGUGUGCACUCGCCAUCACAAUAUCGCGUUAUGGGCACCUUCAGCAAUAUGAAAGACUUUUCGCGUGAUUUCAAUUGUCCGGACGGAUCACGCAUGAAUCCCGUGCACAAGUGUGAAGUUUGGUAGAGGAAACUGUACAAGUAAAUGCGACCAGCAGCUGCUGCAUUCUUACAUAUGUAACACACGAAUGGUGUCUAACACACACACACAUUCACACACACACACACACACACACACACACACACAAACACACACUCAAACACUGAAACACACCACACAUUCACAUGGGCAGCGGCAGUGAUGCGAAAUUUCUUUUGCAUUUGCUGCAUAAAUCUUGUGUUUUUAUAUUCGAAAACAAAAACAAAAACAAAAAAAAAUAACAAAUAACAAAUAAAAUGUUGGAAAUUCUUUAUUUAUGUAUGUACGUAUGUAUUUUAGUGAUUAGUUGCAAUUUGCUUUAUUUUUUGAAGCUAAACUCGUUUUUAUUAUUAUUAUUUUAAAAGUAUGUAGUAAAUUUUGUGCAAGUCAAAUUGGCGAACAGUAGUGAAUACUGUUAUUUUCUGUCUAUUACUCUAAAAAAAAA